CCGCUUUGUCUGUCUUCUUGGCAGUGGUACUCCUGCUCCGGCGCUAUAGCUCCGACAAGCCGGGGGGAGAGGAGACCGAAACGCAGGACCUCAACGAUGGAGCAUUUUUAAGAAGAGAACGGCGAGCUCCCCCGUCGGAGAAAAUUGAAUAGAGUCAUCUACAUGACCAAAGAAACGAGACCAGCAACGAGGAAACGCAAACGUAACAAUCAUGCAAUUUAAAUACAGACGAAUUUGAGCAACCGCUUCUUCUUCAAGGUUACACCUCUUGAAGACGCCCCAGCAUCCCUCCCCCUCCCCAUCUCCUUGUCGCAGAUCAGCUGGCGUACGUUGGUUGAUCCGUCACCGGUACCGACCAUGUCCGUGGAAGAGCAGGGGUACUCCGAUGCUAUGCUGUUGUUAGAGGCCGGGCCGGAGUGGAUGCGGGCCGAGAUCGAGCGUCUUUCCCGGGAGCUGAGUGAGACCACGAACGAGAAGAUCCAGGCGGCGGAGUAUGGACUGGCGGUGCUGGAGGAGAAGCAGCAGCUCAAACAGCAGUACGAUGACCUGGAGAUCGAGUACGAGACCGUCAGGCAGGAGCUCGACCAGCUGAAAGAGGCCUUCGGCCAAGCCUACUCCAACCACAGGAAGGUGGCAGCAGAUGGAGAGAGCCGUGAGGAGUCUCUUAUCCAGGAGUCGGCCUGUAAGGAGGCCUACUACGAGCAGAGGGUCCUGGAGCUGCAGACCGAACUCCGCCAGACACGCAACAUUCUCACCAAUACCCAGUCUGAGAACGAACGCCUGAAUACCAUCAACCAAGAGAUGAGAGAGAACAGCCAGAUGGUGGAGCUUCAGAGGAAUCAGCUGCGUGACGACAUCAAGGAGUACAAGUUCCUGGAGGCUCGUCUGCUGCAGGACUACACCGAGCUGGAGGAGGAGAACAUCUCGCUGCAGAAGCAGGUCUCCGUGCUCAAACAGAGCCAGGUGGAGUUUGAGGGUUUGAAGCAUGAGAUCCGUCGUCUUGAGGAGGACACUCAGUUCCUCAACAGCCAGCUGGAGGAUGCCAUCCGACUGAAAGAGAUCGCCGAGCGUCAGCUCGGAGAGGCCCUGGAGACCAUCAAGACCGAGCGUGAGCUGAAAGCUUCCCUGAGGAAAGAGCUCUCCCACUACAUGAGCAUUGGAGACACUCUGUAUCACAGCCCUCUUAGCAUUUCUCUGGAUGGUCUCAAGUUCAGCGACGAUGCGGGCACUGAGCCUAACAACGACGAGGCUCUCCACGGUUACGAGAACGGCUUCACCAAGCUCGCCAAUGCCAUCACCUACGACAACUGCAUCUCCACGGCCAAGAAGGAAGAGCUGUUCCAUCCUGCGCCCAGCCUCGUGGACGACCUCCUGAGCGAGCUUAACAUCUCGGAGAUCCAGAAGCUCAAACAGCAGCUGAUGCAGAUGGAGCGUGAGAAGGUCAACCUGCUGUCCACCCUGCAGGACUCCCAGAAACAGCUGGAGCAGGCUAACGGUGCUCUGUCUGACCAUCAGGAGAAGGUCAACCGCCUCACCGAGAAUCUCAACGCCAUCCGAAAGCUCCAGGCCAGCAAGGAGCGCCAGUCCGCCUUAGACAACGAGAAAGAACGUGACAGCCAUGAAGACGGCGACUACUAUGAGGUGGACAUCAAUGGACCUGAGAUUCUGGAGUGCAAGUACAAGGUUGCUGUGUCUGAAGCCGGAGAGCUGAAGGAGGAACUGAAGACUCUGAAGACAGAAUACCAGGCCUGUCAGUCACGUUACGAAGACGAGCGCACCCGUCUGGAGAGAGAUGUCACGACGCUGGGAGAGAAGCUAGCAACUCUGGAGAAGACAUGUCUGACGGAGAAAGAACAGAAGACCAAGUUAGAGAAGGAGCUGCGCAAGUUGAGCGACGUGGCAGGCGAGUCCCAGGGUAGUCUGAGUGUUGCACAGGACGAGCUGGUCACCUUCAGUGAAGAACUGGCCACCCUCUACAACCACGUCUGCAUGUGCAACAACGAGACGCCCAACCGCGUCAUGCUCGACUUCUACAAGGAGGGUAAGGGCGGUCGGAGCAGCCCAGAAGGACGCGGACGCCGCUCUCCCAUUCUGCUCACAAAGGGCCUCUUCCCUGAGCCUAGUAAGACCGACCUGAGCGACGGAUCACCAGUCUCCUCUCUGCCUUCUCCCGUGUCUGACCACCGCCGCGAGCCCAUGAACAUCUACAAUCUGGUGGCCAUCAUCAGAGACCAGAUCAAGCACCUGCAGCUGGCUGUGGACCGCACAACCGAGCUGUCGCGCCAGAGGGUGGCCUCUCUGGAGCUCGGCACCGUGGCCGACAAAGACAAGGAAGCCUGCAUGGAGGAGAUCCUCAAACUGAAGUCCCUGCUCAGCACCAAGAGGGAACAGAUCGCAACCCUGAGAACUGUCCUCAAGGCCAACAAGCAGACAGCUGAAGUUGCUCUGGCCAAUCUGAAGAGCAAGUAUGAAAAUGAAAAGGCAAUGGUGACCGAGACCAUGAUGAAACUGAGGAAUGAGCUCAAAGCCCUGAAAGAGGACGCUGCCACCUUUUCCUCUCUCCGAGCCAUGUUCGCCACACGUUGUGACGAGUACGUCACUCAGCUGGAUGAGAUGCAGAGGCAGCUGGCUGCAGCGGAGGAUGAGAAGAAGACCUUGAACUCCCUUCUGCGGAUGGCCAUCCAGCAGAAACUGGCCCUGACUCAGCGUCUGGAAGAUCUGGAGUUCGACCACGAGCAGACCCGCCGGGGAGGCAACUCUGGCCGGUCCAAGGCCCGCAGCAAGGCCACCGCCACCAGCACCGCCAACAACCCCCACGUAAGUCAGAGUCUCACCUGCUCUGGCUCCGGCCGACCAGAGCCCAACAACGCCAUGCCCAAUGGCAUUCUGGGAGGCCCCGUGGUGUUUUGCAGCGAGAAGUACAAGAUCUACUGCGACUGAGGCGGCCGAGAAGUGCGCAAGGGACUGCUGUGUACAGAGGGGAGGGGGCCUGUCAUGCCAAACCCUCCCUGCCUUAGUGUUAAAGAGCCCCACUUGCUCGCUUAGCUCCCUGGCCAGCCUGCGCUCCUCUAGGGACUGCUGUGUGACUAACCAGCUGCUUGUGUGUGCUAGUGUAUACGCUUAGGGGAAUGCAGAUGUAUGUACAGUGUGCACUAGACGUUUGGACUGUAGUAGACAUAUAUGGCAUGUGGAUUAUUGGGCCCCGGUUAUGUUGGGGGGGGUUUUGUGGAUAUUAUGGAGUGUCUAUUCUUUCCGUGUCAUGGUGCUGUACGUAUGAUGUAUAAGGUGGCAGCUUUUGUGCUCGUUUGUUCUGAACCCCUGAGUGUAUUGCCUGGUAACAGUAACACAUUGUGGGGUUGGGGACUUGUUAAGAGGAUGUCAAUCUGACAGUCUUGUGACUAAUUAUGACAUCCUCUGCUCUUUGGCUCGUCUGUCGGCAUUGGUGCUCCUUAAGAAUAAUAAAAAAAAGCCCUCGUCUCUACCUUUAUUGUCCUGGUUCCCCCAGGACAGACCUGUGUCCAGCAGCCCACUGUCUAAUCAGGUCACUCUUUAUGAAAAAAGGAACUUGAAGACAAAGGAACUUUUGAAGAAAAAGGAACUAAAAUAUGCAAUCUCCCCCUGCUUUCUUGCAAAGGGGGGCACAGUAUGAUUCCAUACAGAAAUUCAAUAACAAGUGGGUUGUGCUGCUUGGUUUGAUGACGGGCAGAAAAAGGAGCACCUGUGACCACAGGUGUUUAUUUCAGGAUCAUUUUUAAAGCUGUGAUGCUAGCACACCAAUACAAUAGGGUCAAUAGAAUCGCAUGGCUUCGCAGCUGAAAACGCUUAAGAGCUUUUUUAACUGUUUUUCUGUUGUCAGGUGUGUGGUACAAGAGGAACUCAUGUAUUACAGGGCUCUACAUUGUAAAAGAAAAAAGGGGGCGGGUUAUUUGGUGUCUGGUGAAAUACAGGAGGGCUAUUCCAUGUGACCCGUUAUGUUGCGAUGGAUUCUUUCAGAGCCAUAUUAUAAAGAGAGAGAAAGAAAGUUUGACAAAUCGAUCUCCACACCCAAAUUAAGUGCACUUCAGCAUAGGUGCCUCAGGUUCCUACUCCUGUUAAAAUGGAUAUUAUGAUUACUGUGAACAGAGAUACAAUAUAUAGUUUUGAUCAAAGAUGAUUUUUUAAAAAUGUGGAGCAAAUCCUAGAAGAGCACAAAUCAAAACCGACAUCCACAAGCGGACCUGCAAACAAAACCAACCGACCACUCGGCAAAAGUGCCUGUCGACCCCAAACACUAUAUAUUUAUCUAUCCGUUGAUGUAAAGCCCUGUCCUCGUGUCUCAACUUGAGCUCUCACUCUCUUUUUCCUUCUCUCUCCCCCUCACAUCAUCUGUCUCCUCUCUCCAUUUUUGAGAUCGCUCAGAGCUCUCGAGUCAUUUCUGUGUGGUUAUGUGGCUGAAAAACCCUUUUCCUCAUGUCUCUUAUCUCUGUCUCUUGUCGCUCGGUCGCCUAAAAACGACCUUCUCUCUUUUAGAUUGUCAGCAGCUUGCUCCCCAAGCAUCACCACUCACCCUUUAACUAGAAUGAGGAAUUGUGGGAAAAUUGCCCUCUGAAUAUUUUUGUCAGGUAACGUCCUCACGUACGUUGUGUUCCUGUGUUGCCUGUGUGUAUAUGAGCGUUCAAGUGAAGGAGCCCUCAUGUUUGUAAGAUGUUUUUAACCUUUACAAAUGGAGGGUCUCACUUUUAUUUUGUUUUAUUCUUUUCUCCUUUUUUUGGGUGUGUGAGGACAAAGCAACGUACUGUUUUAGUAUCCACAAUAGCUUUAACCCCUUGCAAGCUAGCAUUACGCAAAUAGUAAAAAAAAAUAUAAGUGGGGCUUGUGUUUAUAAAUCCAUGUACUGCUUGUGGAUCAUAGACACAUUAGCUUUAUGAUGCUAGAAGCAGGGUUGAUGUGAGGGAAAUCCUGCAAGAUUUAUCAAAUGAUGCGUUUUCUACUACCACUAAGCUAUAUAUUAAACUCUAUAUUCUUAAUAUGAUCAUGUUCAGGUUAUAAUCUUGCAGGAUCCUACUACAGUAUUCCUUCCUCUCGAAUAUGAAGAGAGGGAACUUGAUAAUUCUUUGUCAGCGGUCAACCCUGCUUAAGUGUGCAUCCAUAAGCCACAGCACACAGCAUGGAGACAAAGCUAUCGUACACAAAAUGACAACAACAACAAAAAAAGAAAAGAAAGAAACCUCCCGUGAGGUCAAUCACUCUUUAUUUUAAGAUUCACUUAAAUUACAAGUGUGAUAUAUUCUUUUUUUUUUUUUAUCAGUUUGCGCUGAGAAAAGGGUUGGGGAGUAGAGGAGAACUACUCAUGUUGUAAACCAGCUCCUGAGAGAGGAGUUAAGAAAGCCAGACAUGCUGGUGAAGAAAGCCAGAUGUCUGGCUGAGAGCUGACUCUGAUACUGUGGAGAAAUGAGUCCAGGGGUUUCCUGAGGGAGAAACUCCUGGUAAAUCUUUGGAGGAAAAAAAUUAAAAGAAAAAAACUGAAGACUGGUUGCUCGAACAACCACAGGACAUUGAUUCAAAUUAGCUGAGCCCUUAUCCUUCCCUCUUGUAUAGUCUCUGUGGAAUCACCGAGCAGUAGGUAGAUAGAUACCCAGGAUGUGAUUGUGACUAGAGCACCCCCUCUUCCUAGAUAAAUGAAGUCUCAUUUGGCUCCAUCUAGUUUGAAAUCAAUGUCUGGCUUAUCUGGUGUCAUAACAGCAUGCCACCUAAAAUGCUCCUCCUACCUCUGCUUGCAGGCUCCUCCCACAUCACCUUUAAGUUUUACUACACACGUCAACAUCCAGUUUCUGAUUUUAUAGUAAGCCUGCAUGUCAAAAACAUAACCCAUUUUUUUCAUUAACUUGCAUGGCAUAUGAGAAACACCCCUCUCCUUUGACCUGGGUGGUGGGAUAUGGCUUCAGCUCUGUCUUAAGAAUGACCAGUCAUGGUACUCGUGAGUCAUUGGCUUCCUAACUGCACCAGCAGGAUAUUUUGUGGUGAAUGUGCUUUCACAUCAGCUCCCCGGAGACAUAUUGACACUGUCGAUAUGGCAAAAAAUGAAAAGUCCUGACAUAUCAUCAGGGCUCCCUAACAUGGCUUCUGUUGCUUUGACUAACUUCAGCCGCCGCCUGCCUCGUCUGUGUGGAGCUGCCGACCAUGUUAACAGUCGCUCUAAAUAAAUUGACAAAUUAUGCUAACGCUGAUCAUUUGUUUGUUUCUCCAUUUUGCAGUAAUUACAGUAGUUCUGCGCGGAUGACGAAGUACCAACACAAGGUCCAUACUCACUGCUGAUUGAGCUCGCCGAAAAAGAGUUAACACGAAUAGGCUAUUUGGACUUGAAGACAAAAAAAGAAAAACAAAUGCUAAACGAAAAAAGCACUGUCAAAUCAACUGUCCUACUUCCUUCUCACGUCUUCCUUUUUAAAAAGUGAUGUCUAUUGGAAUGACACUCAUUUUCGCGUGCUGCUGCUGCUGCUGGAAGCCAAUUUCUCACAGGUCCAUUGAACUGAUUGCAAUUCUGACCGGAGUUUGUGAUUGGCUUAUCCAACCCUCCAAUGAUAAGCCAGGGGUCAUGGGGUUGUUUCUCAAUGUUAAUCAACAAGCUGUUUUGUCUGGUUUCACCUUUUUUGUUUUUAGUUUAUUGUUUUUGUUAAUCUGUGCACUUUCAUUAUAUAGGAUUAUUACAGACGAUUAUUAACCUAUAGGAAAGCGUGGUAGUAUUAAGGUUUGUGAGUAAUUCAACAUAGGUUAUAAGACUUUAGGAUUAUACGUCCUCCUGAAUCUUCUGAGCUUAAAUAACAGAAACUAUUUACUCAAGUAAAGGCUCCGCAAACCACAAACCUACUAUUACGACUUCAUCCUCAAGAUUUUAUCCAUCAAAUAAUCAUUUUUAAAUUUGUCUUGUUACAUCGUAUAUUAUGCUGUUGGUUUUCUUUUAUGUUUGUUCUACUGCCAUGUUCUAUACAAAAAAAUCCAGGGUGAUCAAAUUCUGGGGUUUUUUCAUGUAUUUAUUAUUCCUAGGAAUAGUUCAAAAUAACACAAUGAAACUUGACAACGCUCUUGACUCCGAUAGGUAAGUUGUGUUUUGGGAAAAAUUUGAGUGCUAUGAUAUGCUUUUCCUAGCUUCUUACCGAGGGCGUUCAAACUGAAACAGGAUCACUGACUUUCCGAAUUCUCUGCAAGUGCGACGAUUAAAUUCCAAAUUGGAAUUGUUUCAUUCUCUCUUCGUUUAUCGUGCCAAAUCUUGGUACACCGUUUAGGUUGAAAAGAAUCAAGACUCGGAAAUAAGACAAGCCGUCACUGAGGAAGAUGUAGUUCGGGGCCAUGGCGCUCGCUCGCUCGCUCUCUCUCUCGUGUGUGUGUGUGUGUGUGAGCGCCAGGGGUUUUGUUUUUGGUUUGUUUAGUUCUUCGUUUCUGACCAGUAGUGCCUUUCAUUGUUUCAAGGGAGAAUCUUAAACUAGUAUUUUAUGUUUUUCUUUAUUUUUUUAUAUCGGUGAGGACUUUGGGUUCAAAAUGACUGUGAGCAGCAAUAAAUGCAAAAGGGAAUUUUCCCCUGUCUGCAUGAGUGAGAUAAUAGUUUUGAAAUUAGCUCAAUAAAACUGAAAUUGUAUUGAAUUCUGCAGGUCAGUGAUCCAUUCAUUAAAUUCAGGGGUAUUAAGAAAAGGUUGUUUUUUAUCAAACUGUGGGAACCAAAAGAAAUCCCUUUGGCCUCCUGUUAUUGAACAAAAUGCUCCAAGCAUCUGUAAUGUGUUGGGGUAGAUCAGUGUACUAUUGGAAACAUCUACGUAUCUCUAGCAUUGUUUGGUGAAGGUAAUGUGAUAUCAAUAGUAUUGUUGACAAAAAAAAAAUGUGCAGAGAGCGCAUUUUAUCUUUCUUUUUGUUCAAUUUGAGUUUUUUGUUGUUGUUUUUUUUUUUUUUUUACUCGAAUCUUUUUUUUUCUUUUUUUUACAUCAUCUUUGAGCAUUAUGUUUUCAGGAAACAGAAAACAAAAUAAGCAUCAACAAGCUUGAAUAGUGCCAUUAUAGCCAUUGCUUGUUUGUUGAGGCGUUAAAGUUACCAAUAUGGAUGAAAAACAUAAUAAAAGUGCAAUUCAGAUACUGUUUUACAUUUAAAAAAAAGAAAAGGUUUUCUGUUUGCUGGAAGCGAUAGCAUUGUGAUAAUAAAAAAUUAGCUGUGCAAACUUUAUAUUGUCAUAUUGUGUUUCAGUAUUGAUCCAUAAUGAGAGUUUGAUAUCUUUAUAUGAAAUAACGACUUCACCUGUAUGUUGGUAUUUAUUUGAAUUGUCAUGCAGUACUGUAUUCUUAUCAAUAAUGUGCAUUAUGAUUAGUGGCAUAUUGAUUACAGCUAAAUGUCAUAUGCAUGUUUCUCAGUCAUGGGACCUUUACACAGAAUUGAAAACAAACAUGUAAACUUUUGUCAGGGUGUUUAAAAAAACAAACAAAAAAAAAUAUGGAGAAAAAAUAAUAAUAAAAAAGACAAGAGUUGUGUCUGAUGUAUUACUGCUGAACUAAUCCUAAAAGUGUUUUGUUUGUUUUCCGGUAGAGAAGGUGUAUGUCUGUGUAAAGGUAGUCAUACUGGCUAAAAUCAAUAAAUGUGACUUAAGUUCCAA